CAAGCUUUUAGUCAUGACUAAACAUUGAACGUAGCAAGUACCGCGUCUGAAAAGUGAAAAUAAAUUACCAUGUAAAAAAAAUUUUUUAAAUAAAAUAAAAGAAUAAUUAUAAAAUCAAAAAUCAAUAAGAAAAAAUAAACUUACCAUGGAUGGACGAAUGUCUUUGGGAAUAAAUGUCAGUAUAAUAAUUAUCCUUAUAAUAUUCGCAGUAAUACUUGUUCUUCCUUUCCGACUAUUGCUUGACACUAAUUACGAGGAUACACAUGCCAAUACUUUGUCCAAUGACAACAAUAAAAACAGCAUUAAUGGAGUCGAUGAAGAAGAAAUGAAAAUUCCAGAGGAGAAGAUUGACUUCGCUAAACUGAAGCUGUGUCCGUACAAAUACCAAAUGAUUUUUGAGAGUAUCUUUGUGGAUUACUACGACAAAAAUUGCACGUACAAAUUAGACAGUAUUAAGAGUGGAAGUAAGACAAUUACUAAUGAUAAUGAUAAUGAGACUGAAGAGACUACAAAAAGCGGUACAAAUUUGUCCAGUCCGAGUUUCCGAAUUAUUCGUCCGAAAUCAGUACCUGUCACGGAUUACAUCCUUAUUAUGAUGCUGGUGUUUUCCGUAAUCGGUGCCUUUGUAGAAUAUUUACGGAUACGUUUCAUAAAUACUCAGGAUCCAACAUCAAGUGUUGAAAGUACAUUGAUACCUAGGAGACAGUCAAUAGUAGAUUUGAUGUUACCUAGAAAGUGUAUUAGCCGCGAGCAGUUAUUAAAAACACAAAUGUCAUUGGAUGUACCAAUGGGAUGUCAGCGUUCGGCAGUACGAGUGUCUGGGACGAGUACACCGCCGUUAAUUCGACGGUCAUCGUUUCCAGCGUUCGUCACCAAAGAACACGGAUUAAUAGGUGACUCGACGCCACCUAGGUCACCCCGUCGCCCGUCGACGUCCGUUAAUGACACAGAAGGUUUUACGAGUCACCACCGAUCGAGACUCAUCAGACGUCAUUGAUCCAAUCUUCUUUUAAUUGAUAAUUGAUAACUAUAAUUGUUGUUAAAAUUAACAAAACCUUCUCCCAUUGUGAUCUCUUCUAUGUGAUAUUUAAAUUCAGAGCUUGUAUAUCAAAUCAAAGUCUUCGAAGUAAAUCAAGUAAAUAAACUGUUUAAAUUUUCUACAAUCUAUUGCACACUUUAAAUAUUUUGCAACGAGCUUCUUAUUGAAUAUUAUUCUAAUCAAAUGUUUACUUAAUGUUCAAGUAUUGUAUCCAGUAUUUCAUCUGUGGAUUAAAUAAAUAAUAAUGUUCUUUAA